AUGAGUUCUGACGCGAGUCACGCGACUGCGAAGAUAUGUCAAGAUCACCCAUCCAACCUCUCCGAUGAACACCCUCUGAAGCGCCCAUGUGUUCAACUGCGAGUUGGCCCAGACCCACAUCGCACUCCUGCCCUCUCUUCGAGUGAGCACCUUGCUUCCAGGGCAAGACAGGAGUGCUGCGGUAUUGGCACCUCUUUCUCUGCAUCCGCUGCACCAGGACUACUACUAUGUGCCGAGCCUGUCGCAUCAUGCCCCACUGCUGCUCCUGCUCACCUUCCCAUCCCUGAUGGACUUAUCGCCAUGGACCCUGGUCAAGUGUUGCCUAGUCUGCUAUUCUUGAGACGACAAGUGCGUUCGACCCUAGGGGAAGCGAGUGCAGCAAAGAUCUACAGUAACGCGCCUAAGCGCGGUCAUGCGGAGCCAAAGCGCUACCGAUGCUCCCUCGAUGCACUGGAUGCGACCUCCCACAAAAUUCGUCUCCGCCUCAUGGCGGAGGAGUGCGCCGACAAGGGUACAAACGAUGCAUACGCAUGCCACAUCCACAAUUAUGUUGCCUACUGGGACCAAUACCAGGCCGAGAUGGUUGCCAACAACCCAACAUGGACCUCUGUGCCUGCGCUGCCAAUCUCGACAGCUAAGUGGAAACUGGGGUCAAGUGACACCAUCCCUGGAUCGAAUGUCGGCAAGUCUGUCAUCCAGCAGGCCAUUAGUGCCCUUGAGGACUGGCGGAUGAGCCACCACCACCUCUACCUUGGAGUGCCUGAGGCUCAAGUUCGGCUGCGUGAUGACAACCGCAUCCAGAAAAUCGAGUCUGCUGCAAAACACAAUGAGCUGAAGCGUGCAGAGAGCUCUCAGGUGCUCAAAGCCUCUGGGACCACAUCAGAUGCAUAUACUACCGAAGAGCUCACAAAGUGCUCAGGAUGGUGUCUGAGCAAAUUCUCAGGCACUUUUUGCAUAGAUGACAUUCAGUUGGGGUACACUGUCCUGCCUGUCCCUGCAUUUGCUCCUGAGUUCUCAAAGGCAGGAUAUGGUGAAUUUGGCCACCAGUCAUGGUACAACUUGUAUGUCUUCUGGGGUGAAAGACCUGACAAGCAGAUGUCAUACAACAAUCACUAUGACCAUGUCAAGCUCAUACACAGCAAGAACGAUAUCAGCCUGACGAAGGCCACACAUGCCACUCGACACUUCACAGCAAAGACUGCAUGUUCGCACAGGGCAUCUGGCAAUGAUGUGAAAGCCAUUGGUUGCUGGAGUGUCAAUGAUGCCUUUGCCAACUGCUAUGACUCCAUGUUCAAUGCAAGGAAGCCUGAGCAAUACAUCCUAGCUCAGGACCAUCUUGAGCCUCCAUCAGAGCUCCUCUUGCAGAUUUUUCCAUGGAUCGAGCAGGAGAAUGCUGCCCUGCAGCAGUGGGAGGCAACACUUGGCCGUGCAGGAUGUGAUAUUGCCCUGAAGGGCUUCCUGUGA